GCGCCUUUAACGCAGAUGCGCUCCUGCGUGCGCCCUGCCUUCAGCGGCGAGCGGACACUGUCUGACGGAUCUCCGAGCACCAUGACUUCCUCCAGCAACACCUACGACGUCAUCGUGGUCGGCGCCGGCAUUUCAGGCUUGAGUGCGGCCAAACUACUGAAAGCCAGUGGGCUGAAUCCUGUGGUGCUCGAGGCCAGGAACCGGGUCGGUGGUCGUACCUUCACUGUGCGGAACAAGGAAACCAAAUGGGUUGAUCUGGGCGGGGCGUAUGUGGGACCGACUCAGAACCGCAUCCUUCGCUUGGCCAAAGAGUACGACAUCAAGACCUACAAAGUCAACGAGCAGGAGAGCCUGGUCCAUUAUGUCAAUGGGAAGUCCUCCCCGUUCAAAGGCUCCUUCCCUCCCAUGUGGAACCCCAUCGUCAUGCUGGAUUUCAACAACCUCUUCAGGACUAUGGAUGAGAUGGGAAAGGAGAUUCCACAGGAAGCGCCGUGGAGAGCCCCCCACGCUGAGGAGUGGGACAAGUUGAGCAUGCAGCAGCUCUUUGAGAAGAUCUGCUGGACCAGUGCUGUUCGCCGCUUCGCCACACUGUUUGUCAACGUCAACGUGACGUCAGAGCCCCAUGAGGUUUCAGCUUUGUGGUUUCUUUGGUACGUCAAACAGUGUGGAGGAACCAUGAGGAUCUUCUCAACCACAAAUGGAGGCCAGGAGAGGAAGUUUCUGGGCGGAUCUGGUCAGAUCAGCGAGGGCAUGGCCAAAGAGCUGGGUGAGCGUGUGAAGCUGGAGUCACCGGUUUACAGAAUCGACCAGACUGGAGACCUGGUGGUGGUGGAGACGGUGAACAAAGAGACCUACAUGGCCAGAUAUGUCAUCGUGGCGACUCCUCCUGGUCUGAACCUGAAGAUGCACUUUAGCCCCGAGUUGCCACCACUCAGGAACCAGCUCAUUCACCGCGUGCCCAUGGGCUCCGUCAUCAAGUGCAUGGUGUACUACAAAGAGAACUUCUGGAGGAAAAAGGGUUACUGUGGAACCAUGGUGAUUGAGGAAGAGGGUGCUCCAAUUGGACUGACACUUGAUGACACAAAGCCAGAUGGGACUGUGCCUGCUAUUAUGGGCUUCAUCCUGGCGCGGAAAAGCAGAAAGCUGGUCAGCCUGACUAAAGAAGAACGGCUGAAGAGGAUCUGUGAGAUCUACUCCCGAGUGCUGGGCUCAGAGGAGGCUCUGCAUCCUGUUCAUUAUGAGGAGAAGAACUGGUGUGAGGAGGAGUACUCUGGGGGGUGCUACACUGCUUAUUUCCCUCCUGGAAUCCUCACCCAGUUUGGCAAAGUUCUGAGGGAGCCGGUGGGGAGGUUGUUCUUCGCUGGCACAGAGACGGCCACAGAGUGGAGCGGAUACAUGGAGGGAGCCGUACAAGCAGGAGAGAGGGCAGCCAGAGAGAUUAUGUGUGCGAUGGGUAAAAUCCACCAGAAUCAGGUCUGGCAGCCGGAGGCUGAGAGCAUGGACGUCCCAGCACUUCCGUUCCACACCACCUUCUGGGAGAGGAAUUUGCCUUCAGUCGGCGGUCUGCUGAGGUUCAUGGGGGUCUCCAGCUUCCUGUCUGUGGCCGCAGCAGCCGGCUUUGUGGCCUACAAGAAAGGCCUUCUGCCCCACAGUUAAACCCCCAGCAUCCGUUCUCUCAGUCGUCUGUGUCUUAAGCAGACAGAGCUCCAUAUGAACUGUAUUCUCACCCCUCUGGUGCACUAUUUUGAGGCCUGAGCUACAAAGUAGUGAAAAAUGUAACGUUUAGGAGGAUUUGUUAUCGAUUUUUCAUGAGAGACGCAGUUCAGCUGAUGCAAACACUUCUGCAAACAUGAGGUUUCAGAGAGACGAGCAGUAGUGGGCUGAAAUGACACUGAGAAUUGGAGCAAAUAGAUCAGUCAAAAGUUAAUCAACGAGUCAAAUUUGGAAAGACAUGAAAGAAGAAACCUGACGGUGUAGGAAGAAUCGGAGAAGCCACUUUCCAUGAAAUGCCAAUGACAUUCAUAUUUUUCAUACAUGUCCUUGUCUGAUCUUGUCUUGCUGUGUAUGUGUGGGCUUUGACUGUACGUAUGCAUUGAUACUCUGCUUUGGAUGUGCGUUUGUCAAAGAAGUGCACACAGUGUUGGUGUUGAUGACUAGCUCUGCAGAAUUGAGCUGCUUUUUGGCUUCAGACAAAAGGCUGUAAAUGUUUGAGCCAACGCAGAAUCAUCCGUGUUUGUCCUACAGUAGCUUGUCUUACAAUCACAGCAGAGGCUAAACUGAAAGGAUGACAUAUUUGGUCAGUUUAUAACCAAGUGUCAACAAAUCCCAUGAAAACAGUCACUACAGAAAGCAUUUCCACAUGACUGUAAGGCAGGCAGAACCCCAGCUGCUAAACACAAUGCUAACUUUAUUAUCCUCAACUCUUUCCAUUCAAGGCUGUGUUUGAAUCCAUGUUUGUGAUUUAAGUUGCAGAUUUCAAAUAAACACAAAAGAAAGAAAGAAAGAAAAAGUCUAUUAUCAGUGAGUUCUUUAUAAUAAACCACGAAUGGCCUAAAUUCAUAGUCAUUCUUUACUCAUUUACAUUAAUAAAUAUGCUGACAUUUUGCAUUUUUCUUCAAAUAAUUGUUUAUUGAAUCAAUUAUAGUCUUAAUUAAAGAUUAGGCCGAGAUAUUGAGAUUUUGUUUUUGGGUUUAACAGCACACAUUCACUUCCAGAUCUUGUAGAUAGCGGAAAGCUAGCAGAUAGCAGCAAUACGCGAGAUCAUUUACAUAUUUACAGAAUUCUAAAUAUUUGAGGACCUAAUGUAAAAGCUCAUAAUGUACAAACAAGAUCAAACUAGCCAUUUAUGUAAAAUUUUGGCUUUGUGGAUCCAUUUAAGCAAAACAAACAUUUUCCUGCAGAAUUUGGGAUGGCAAUGACUUAAUGAUGCAGAGACUUUGGAGACUUUGCCAAAACUUAAACCAUCCUCAAGGAAAAGAUGUGUAUUUAAAAAAAUAUAUUAACAUACUGACUGAACACACACUGGAACUAUAAAUAGGAUCAAAUCCUGUCAAAGAAAAGCCAUCAUAAAGCUCAUUGAAAACUUGUGUACCAUAAAAAAAUCUUUUGUUAUGUGAAGAGUAGCUAAUGAAGGACUUUUUUCUGCUGUCGGAAACAUGUCUGUCUUCAGUUUUCAUGGGAGUUGUUUACAGUGAUAAAUAAAAAAAAUAAAAAUUGCUGUUUAAUAAGUCAAAUCUUUGUUUUGAUGUGAAGAAAUAGUGCUUGAAAGCUAGUUUGUAUGUUUAUUGCUUGAUAUUUGUUUUGUUGAACGCUAUUCAUCAGAAUAAAUCACACAUUUUAUGUUGGUAAAUUAGUAUUUUGGGCUUUUUUUCCUUUUCAAAUGUUUCCUCGUAGCAUUUUAGUUGUUUAAUUUUUCUGUAUUAAACUUUCAAAACUUUAUAAAACAUGACUUUGCACAGUGAGAGGGCACUAUACCAGGUAAGCAUGUUAAAAGUGAGGCUUCACUUUUAAUAAAAAGCCAUUUUAGGACAAUCUGUUCUUCAACUUUUAAUGAGAUAGUAAAUGCUAUUCCUAGUAUAUGUUCUCUUCUUUUUGUGUUAUUGAUUAAAAAAAAAGAUUUAAGCUCUUUCUUCUAACACGAUGUAACUUUUAUUUUGUAUAUAAUCCUAAGUAUUACUUUCCCCAGGGAAAGGGCAAAGUGGUGCAACAAAGCCUAAAUUUUGCAGCAGAAAAGUCUCAUCUGGCUCCUAAAGUACAGAAAAAGCCACCAUCCAGCCUGCUCUUUGGUGUUAAAUGUCAGCUGUUGUUGUAGAAAUCUUUCUUUGUAACCGUAGAGUGAUUUUGUCUGCAGAUCUGUACACUGAUGUCUGUGUGUGCUCACAGAGAGAAUUACGUUUUUGUCCCUGCCGCCUGUUGUUUGUGACUGUAGUGUAUUUGUUGUGCCUUAAUGGACAUCAUGGUGUUUGAUCAUUUUUCUCAAGUGCCUGUGUUCCGCUCACACUGUCUGCCCUUCUGUCUCUGCUGAGAUAGAGCAAGUCAUUAGCUUUUGAAGUGACUCGGUGAACAGGGGAUGUCUGACCUCUGAGACCCCACUCACUGGUGAGUCCAGAAGUUUCCUUUCUAGAUGUCCCCUCUGUUACCUGAGUUAAAUCCUCUCUGUGCAACAAACUCAGGUAAAGCCAGACUUAAAAACUACUCACCAACCAGGAGUAACAGAGCUCUGACUGUUAGAGUGAUCAAACUAGUCACUCCAGGUAAAGAAACCCUGGUGUUGUGUUGUGACUGCAGUGUCUCUCCUUGUUGUGCAUCUUUCUGGGUGACUUCAGCGUGUCUCUCCACAAGUUCAAUCUUUCCUAACUCACACUGGCUUGUCUGCUCUUUCCAGCUAACUCAAAGCCAGCUUUAGACAGCGAGUUCAGUCACUCUAGAACAUCAUUGAGUGGGUUCUUGUAAGGGAUAUUAUCCCAGAGAGUUUCUGUUUUUCCUUUGACCUGUUCUUUGACGUCUUUGAUCCCCACAACAAAGCUGGUGACGAUGUUCAAGAAAAAAAAAAGUGAAAUAAACCCUUUUAAUCGUCUGG